AUGAAUUUUCAUUUAAAAAAGCAUCGAAAAUUGACAGAGGUUGUUCUAAUUCCUGAGGGCUUACAAGAACUUAUGGCAGAUAUUGCAAGGGAAGUGCUUAGAUAUCAGCCUGAUAAUAUUGAAUGUUUUAUCGCUGAUUAUUUAGAAGCGAUGCUUCUGACAAGAGACGUUUGCAAUUUUGCAAAUGAAACAGUUGAAGAUGUUCUUGACUCUGGCAUUCAUAUAGUGGAACUUCUUCAAAAGGAAGGAAUUCCAUCGAAGAAAGCUAAAUCAGCAGUGAAAGUGAUUAAAAAUGAAUUUGAAAGCCAAAUUGAAUGUAUUAAUGAUGACCAUCCAUUAGAGGAAAUUAAAAUAAUGAGUCGAUUAAUUGACGAAUGUAGCUUCACAAUCGACCAAGCACAAGAAGCAUCAGAGAUAAUUGAAGGCGCUUGGCAUCUUUUCUAUCAACGUCAUAAAAAGACUGACAACAUCCGUCAAAUUUCGCCUGAUUAUUCUCUUCAUUAUGCCGUAAAAAACACAUUGAAAAUUUAUAAAAAGGGAAGAGAAUUGAGUAAAAGAUUACAAGCGGCAGUCAAAAUUCAAGCUUGGUAUCGUGGAUUGAAAAUUCGAAAGACGUUUUUGCAAUUUCAACAAGCAGCGAUCACAAUUCAAGCUGCUUUUAAAGGAUAUGGAACAAGAAAACAAAUAAAGCUUCGAAUUCAUCCUUGUUACGAUGAAAAGUUUUGGAAAACUCCUUGUUUUCAAAUUCGAGAGAAAGCUGCAAUUGUCAUUCAGUCGUGGAUUCGUGCAUUGAAAAUAUCAUUAAGAAAUAUUUUCGGAAUAUUGCGAAAGAAAACGCGACGCAGUCCAUCGCAAAAAAAACUGUCGCAAGGAAACUCGAAUGAAAAAGAACAAUAA